GGGCCCCGGAUGGAGCCGCCCCGCCAUGGCACCGCCCGCAGCGCGCCUGGCGCGGCUGUCCCGCACCGCCAGUUUCAGCGCCUGCCACCGCCUGCAUAGUAAAUCACUGAGUGAUGAAGAAAACCUGAAACUCUUUGGGAAGUGCAACAAUCCUAAUGGCCACGGGCACAACUACAAGGAUUGACCCAGUCUCAGGAAUGGUUAUAAACCUGACAGACCUGAAAGAGUACAUGCAGGGACGUCUGUACAUUUCUGUACAGACUGCUGCCUGGUGCAUGCUGCUGGAGCCUGGACACUUCUCUCUGCAGCAGGCGAUCAUGGAGCCGCUUGACCACAAAAACCUGGAUAAGGAUGUGCCCUACUUCGCUGAGGUGGUGAGCACCACAGAGAACGUUGCAGUGUUCAUCUGGGAAAACCUCAAGAGGCUCCUGCCUGCGGGAAUGCUUUAUAAAGUCAAAGUGUAUGAAACGGACCAGAACAUUGUGGUCUAUAAAGGAGAAGAAACAAUUUCUGAGAGGUGAAAUGAGCCGAAGCUCAGCUGGUCAGAAAUUGACACCUGCUCACGUCAGUGACACUGUCAGCCCCGCUUGCUGUGUCCUGAAACAAAGCCUUGGUUAUGCACUGCAAAAGAACCAACCAAGGUAAUUCUUCUGCCAGAGAUCUUAGAGCAGUUUGGGUUGUCACAAUUCAUUGAUGCAUCUGCCUUUACCCAAGACAUUCCGGUUUCAUAAAACCACAGUGCAGUCUGCAAGUGUACCAUGUUAAAUAAAGCAGCUUUCCAGAGAG